UAUAGUGUCAACAUUGUGGUCAACAUGUCGGAUAAUGAAGACUUGUUGGCAGACGAUUUAGGGGACCAUAGCCUUGCAGAUUAUAACCUUGGCAAUGAAGAGGAGGAUCAACUCUUAGCUGAUGACUACGAAAGCGGUCCCCAGAACGUUCCAACGUCGAUUGAUCCAAACUACAAUGAUGGAAGUGAUAUUAGCUCUUCAGAAUUCUCAGGACAUGGCAUGCCAUACAGUCAACAACCAUAUCAACCUCCUGCAGAAGAAUGUGUGGUCCCCAACAUAACUGUAGAGGUGCCCAACAUUCCGGACAGACCCAUCCAGGACCGCUCCACUUAUGCUCCUUACGAGCCUCCUGUGUAUGAACCAGAGCAUGCUGUCGUACCCCCUGCAAUUCCUGCUGCACCUAUUGAAUCCCCACAAAUAGUGCCAUCAGAACUGAAUGUUACUGUGCCAAAUGGCGACAACCGCGAACGGUUCCUCUCUGAGCGGCCUCCCGGUGCCCAGCGAACUCCGCAACUUCGUGAUAUUCCUGAUUCUCUUGACAAAGUGUUCGUCCCUUGCGGCGGGUACAGUGGCGGGCGCGGGCGCACGUCGUGGCGCAGCGCGCAGUUCCAGGCGCGCUUCCAGCAGCCCUACAACAACGCCUACCGCCGCCACAACGUGCACCGGGGCAACUUCCUUCAACAACGUCCCUCAUUCCCUCCGCCCCAAGUGCGACCAACUUCCCCUCAGAUCAGACCAGAACCGAGGGCAGAACAAAUACGGCCAGAUAUUCGACCUGAGCAAAUCCGUCCGGAUAUGCGCCCUGAUAAUAGGCCUCACCCUAGACCGGAAAUGCGAACGGAACCCAUGCCACCUAUGGGACCAGAAAUCUCCCCAGAAAGACCAAUAAUCCAAGAACCUUUUAGGCCCAUGGAAAAUCGGCCUCCAUUUCAGAACUUCCAAAGAUUCCCAUUCAGACCAAACAUGGAAGAGCCGCGUCCAAACUUCGGUCCGAUGAGGCCUAACUUUGAGCCUAGAUUCUUCCAGAGGCCUCAAUUCAAUCAGAGACCAUUUGGCCCCCCAGUCAGAGAAGUCGUUCCUAACAGCCAACACAUGCCUCAGAUAACAAUUAGACAACCACUGCCAGGCUUGCCACUGCCCGCUAACAUACCUAAGCUGGAUGAAUUUGGGCCGAAACCGCCAGGAAGAGAGCCCGAAGUGAGGAUGUUACCAGUCCAGCUGCCGCCUACCUUACCUGGUGCUUUAGCUGGGAAGAAAGUUCUUAUCAACCCGCAUUUUAAAGGAAAUUUUCAACCGCCCGUUGAAGCCACGAUGCGGGCAGGGUUGGCGCUGCCCACGUACAUUCCCACGCGCAUUAAAAAGUCGCCACCCUUGAGCCCUACGCUGGAAAACAAAUUCGGUCCCAUCAAGGAUAUCGACGACGCUGCGGAGCGGUUCAUCGCGGAACAGAGAAACGCGCUGGCGCGGGCCGCCAGUAGGAAGUUCCCAAGACGAUCUCCUCAAAGAUAUAUAGAGAACACGACAAUAGAGAUCGUGAACGAGCUGGCUCCCGAAGCGAGCUCGUGGCGCGGCGACGAUGACCUGCUGCGGCGCCAGGAGGAGUUCAUCAACGCCAACCGGCAGGGCCUGCGCCGCCGCAUGCGGUCCCCGACACCGCCGCGCCGCUCGCCGCCGCCGUCGCCGUCGCCACCGCCGCCGCCGCGGCACAGCCCCGAGCGGCGCCGCCUGGACCGCGCCGACCGCGCCGAGCCAAGACGCCCGCCCGACGAGGAGAGCGAGUACCGGCGGCGCGUGCGCGAGCAGGAGAGCCUGCGCGAGCGCGUGCUGCGCGCCAAGGAGGUGCGCCGCAGAAAGAACGCCGUGCAGCUGCACAGACAGCUGCAGGACAAAGAGCGCGAACGCAAUGAAGUCAAAGAGCCCAAGCCUGAACCGAAGCCAGAAAGUAAACCCGCUGCUUCUCCAGACAAACCUUCAACGACCAGCCCAGAGCUGGAUAAACCUGAUACGACGCGGUCUUCCCCUGAAAGGAAAGAAAAACCUGAAGUUGUGAAGAGAGACCGGUCACCAGUGAAGGAGGAAGCGGCAGAAGUCAAUUCUACUUGCGAAAACUUGACUCCACCACGCGCGUCGCCCGAGCGCGCACUGACGCCGCCUCUGCCCGACAAGAGCAAGGAGAGGCGCUGCAGCGAGGACGACGAUCUAGCCUUCCUGCUCGGCGACAUCGACGACAUGCUCAGCGACGACGAGGACAGCGGCCGCUUCAAGGAGAAACCUAACAAAGCGGAGGCGGCGCCUCCCAAGCCGGCGCCGGCGCUGGCGCUGGACCUGCGCUCCAAGCUGCCGCCGCGGCCGCCCCGGCAGAAGAUCGUCUUCCACGAUGAAAAGCCCAAGAAGAGGAGAGAAAAAUCUCCAGCUAAGAAACCGACUGUGACAAGCUCUACCAAAAUCGAUACUGAGCCUCCUCAGAAAAAGGCUGUCAAGCCAAAACAAACGACGGAACAGGUUACAAACAAAUCUCGACAAAGAAUAAUAUUUGAAAACAAAGAGCUUGAAAAAGAAAAAGAGGAGGACAAAUCCAAGGCUUUCACGCGCCGCGUCGUCCUACAGCGGAAGGUCACUCAGACUAAAGAGAAAUCCGUGUUCUCUCGCAUCGAGGUGAACGACCCGAGCAAGCCCAACCCGGGCAUCUUCAGCCGCGCCGUGCGCACCGCCAUCGGGACGGACAAGCCGCGCAUCGUCGUCCAGCGCGACGAGCCCGAGAUCGAGUACGAGAGCGGCUCCGACGACGACCGCCUGCUCCAAGAGCACAGCGGCCUCGUCGCCGACGUCUCCAACCUCCCGCACGGGAUCACCGACACCAGGUUGAAGACGUUAGCGGGGAGUGACGUGCAGAGCUUAAUUUUGGACAAGGAAGAUCGCAGCGCCAAGAUCACGUUCAAGAGCACCGUGGCGGCCGGCGCUUUCCGCAAGAAGUUCAACAACAAAAUGGUGGCCGCCAGCCGCCUUACCGUCACCUUGCUUUAGUCACACUACUUACUUUAUUUCAAUACAUUAUAAGCAAUUUUUUUUAAGUGCGAAGUUUAAUUGUACUGCAGAAAUGAAUUAACUCAUUUAAUAAAAAACUAUUUAGACGCAGAACUAUUUCAAUCUAUUUCCAUAGGCUACGGUGACUGCUUACCAUCAGGCGGGCCGUAUGCUUGUUUACCACCGUCGUGGUAUAAAAAGAAAAUUAGUUGUACCUAUCUAAAUGUCACCAAGACGUAUCUAACUUGAUGUAUAUUUUAAAAUAGUAUGCCAUAGGUUCUUUUUUUUUUUCAGAUACUUAUAUGUAUUUUUCAGAUAUACGUAAUACUUUUACACUAAAGUGAGAUGUGCUAUAAAAGAAAAUUUGUAAAAAAAUCUUUAAAGAAUGUAUGUACCUACGUAGUAAAAAAUGUUAUUUUUAUGUAAAUUAUUAUUUACGUCUGCUUUUACCAAACCCAACACAACACUGACUUGGAAUCAAAUUUUUGAAAUGUUUAAGUACUGAAAUUCAUUACAUGGUCAUGUUGUAACAUUGUGUGAGCCAUUUUUGUAUUAGAAAACAACUGUCAUUAUGAAUGGUUAAACCAUUCAUAUACGUAUAACACUACGCUCAGCAGGCUAAUCUUGUAAAAGUUAAGCCUUACGGCAAUUUAUUUCUAAUAAACGUCUUGGGUUUAUUACUGACGUUUGAUGAAACAUUAUUGACAUUCUGUAUUAGUUCCUUGUUAAUUGUAAUAUUAUCGCAUUUUAUUGUCUUUGUGAAAAUUAUAGCACAUAAGACAGUAAAUUACUACAGUUCUUCAAUAUUUUGCACGUGUGAGAAUAAAACACAAAUACGAAUAAGAGGUUAGGUCUGAUUAUGAGGUUCUUUAGUGACGCAUAGCUUAAUUUUAUCAUGUGACUAUACUAUGUUAAAAACCAUGUAUGUUGUUUAAUUCAAAGCAUGAAAAUAAUGUAUGUUGCAUAUUUUAUGAACCCAUCUAUUGUAUUGUACAUAUCUUGAUGUAGAUAAAUUACCUCUAGUUUCUGAUUGACAGCCGUUUUUAUCCAUUAGAUUUCCUGCCUACUGAAUAAGGUCCAUAUUUAAAACCCAUUGUCCAAUAGUAUGAGGCUUGUAAUAUGUAGUUAGUUUUUUUUUCUGACACAUUUACCUAAAUCAUGUGUCAAUCGCAAAUUAGAUGUAACUUACGCCAUUCUUUGUGCAACAUCGGAACAGUAGGCAAAUGUUUGACUUUCUAUGUUAAAAACAUGUAUAGAAUAAGAGUUUAUUUUUUCAUAAGAUUGAGCGAAUCUAUGUUUUCAAACUAAUCUGCACCUCAAUAAAGUUCGGUCUCAAAAUAAAUGCUAAAUUUAUAGUAGUUACUCUAACUAGGUCUGUUCUUUUCUUACCAAUUUAUUAAAGGGCAUGGCUAUAUUAUAUUUGACAAAUGUUUAGCCUGACUCGGUCCGAAUAUAAAAUUAACGAGUAAAUAAAAUUUAUUUAGAUGACUAUUACUGGUCAGGUGCAAAAUUGUCUCUUAGUUUAUAGUUAAUACAAUAAUUUGUUGCAUCUAGUUUUACAAAAAUACUAACAACAAAUGGUUAAUAUUUGAUAUAAAUAGUAAAUAUUUUGUUUGUAUCAGCACAUUAAUUGUAUAUUAAUCAUGACACUUGAAAUAGUUGCUAUGCCUUGUUAUAUGUUUUGCUAUAAAGUGUAGCAACAAUACAAAUCAUAAUUUUUAUUUUCGAUACAUCCGAACACCGGAUGGUGUUAAGAUAAAAGUUGCAUUUAUAAAAAAGUUUACAAUGUGUGUCUGUUUCUGGACAAAAUUACAAAAUGUUAGUGAAAGUAGUAAGAACGAUAUUCAUUCUGUAUUUUGCCAGUAAUUACCUAAUCACUUUAUCACGACUGCUAUGGGUUUUGAACAGGGACCGGCCCGCUAUCCCUUAUCGGGGUUUUAUAUGGGUAUUGCAUAAGGCUUAACUCACCAUACCCAUUGAAAGACGAAACCCUUUGUUUUGCUUUUAAAAACCCUUAUAUAAAGCUACCACAUUUGAGUAAUCGGUAGCCCAAAUACCCUUACAAAACCCUUAUCAUCCGCUUACCAACACCUUGCAUAUUGCUUAUAAGGGUUAGCCUUAUAAAGGGCUUCCCUUUUAGCAUAUAAGCGUGCUAAUUUAAGUCGUCUACCUUGUUCAUAAAGCACACAUUACUUCGAAUCCGAGCGAUCGUCGGCGGCGACGGCGGCGUUCUUUACUAGGCACGUAUUUUCUUUCCUUUUCAUACACUACCGUAGAUAUAUUCUAAUCCUGUCUCUUUCACGCAAAGGGAAACCUUUAUAAAAAGCGCUUAAAGAUAAGGGUAACCCUUAUUAAGAGCUAGCCUUAUUUUUGGUUAGCUUUUCGGUAAGGGUUAGUCAAAGGUAAGGGUAUGAAUGGGCUUGCAGUUCAAAAGGGAAAGUCUUUCAAUGUGUUAGCCAUGUUUAAGUGUCGCCCAUUGAAAGGGUUUUAUCGCGGAAAGGGUUGUCCGGUCCCUGGUUUUGAAUAAUCACUCCACUUUGGAUGGUAGUCUAUGUUACUGCGUUUAUACAGUCAAUGCAUUCGAUUUAUUGAUUAUUUGAUAAAACGAUACAUAGAGUUUUAUUGAUUUCAUUAUUUGUCCAGAUGGUUACGUUGUAUACCUUAUUGAAAAUAUUUAAGUAGUAGUUAAAUUGACUCAACGAAACGUGCAAUUAGCAAUUUUUUAUAUAAUUUGCUAUGCAGGGACUAUUAGACUAUAAUUUAAUGUCAACAUGUUAGAUUGUAAGACAUUUAAUUUUGUUGUAAACAGCAUUAUGAGAAUGCAAGUUUUUAAUGUAAGUUUAAAAUAUAUCUUGAUGUAAGAAGACGGACAAAGGACAUGUCAACACAUAGUUCGUGUUGCAUUAGGCCAACAGAUUUAAUACAUAUUUGCUUCCCCAUGUAACCGCUGUUCAAUAAACCAUUAUGUUCACUA